UGAAAUGCACUGGCAACUCUGUCGCGUAACAUAGGAUUUCAUUUUGGAUAGUAAAAGAGUGGAAAAACUAAAUUUUACGCAUAAUUAAUUAGUUAAUAGUAUAAUAAAAACAGCGCUUAUUUAUAAUGUUGACCUAUCCACUUGCCCGACAAUCCAAACAGCACACAUAAACACGUCCAUCCAACACCCUCACACCACACCACAUUACCAGCAAAUAUGUCACUUAAACCAAAAAUAGUGGAAUUUGUUGAUGUUUGGCCCCGCUUGCGGUGCAUUGCCGAGUCAGUGAUAACAUUAAGCAAAGUUGAACGAGCCGUGUGGAACACGAGCUUUAGUGACGUUUAUACUCUAUGCGUGGCACAGCCAGAACCGAUGGCGGAUCGACUCUACGGUGAGACGAAACACUUCUUAGAGUCUCAUGUUCAGGAUAUGUUGGCCAAGAAAGUAUUGGCCGAACAUGAUUCAGACAAUGCCAAUAAUACCAGUAGCAAACCGGACCUGCUACAACGCUAUUACACUACUUGGAUGGAAUAUAGCCAGGGCAUCAAGUAUUUACAUCAGUUAUACAUUUACUUAAACCAGCAACACAUCAAAAAGCAAAAGAUUACCGAUACUGAAUCAUUCUAUGGUAAUCUGACCAGUGAUGCAGCAGAGCAAAUGGAAAUUGGAGAACUUGGUUUAGACAUUUGGCGAUUAUAUAUGGUUGAGUAUUUGGCCCAGGAGCUUGUGCGUCACAUACUCGAAGGAAUAGCAGCUGAUCGGGCCAGCAAUGGUACCCUUGACUCCCAUCGCGUUCAAAUCAUUAAUGGAGUCAUUCAUAGUUUUGUUGAGGUGCAAGACUAUAAAAAGACCGGGUCAUUGAAACUAUACCAAGAUCUGUUCGAGGCCCCCAUGCUGGAGGCUAGCGGUGCCUACUACACGAACGAAGCAAACAAGCUACUGCAAAGAUGCAGUGUAUCGCAAUACAUGCAAGAAGUUAUUAAAAUACUCGACUAUGAAAGUAGACGGGCCCAAAAGUUUUUGCACGUAAGCUCGUUACCUAAACUACGCAAGCAGUGCGAGGAAAAGUUUAUCAACGAUCGACUUGGCUUUAUCUAUUCGGAGUGUCGUGAUAUGGUGUCCGAGGAACGGCGCCAGGAUCUGCGUAAUAUGUAUAUUAUUCUGAAACCCAUACCUGAUAAUUUGAAGUCUGAACUAAUACAAACGUUUCUGGAGCACAUCAAGAACGAGGGUUUAGAAACAGUCUAUGCUUUGAAGGGCGAGAACAUACAUAUUGCCUUUGUUGAGAAUAUGCUAAAGGUGCAUCAUAAGUACCAGGAGUUAAUAGCUGAUGUUUUUGAGAAUGACUCGCUAUUCCUGAGCGCGUUAGAUAAAGCUUGUGCCAGCGUCAUCAAUCGUCGUCCCACCGAACGACAACCGUGUCGUAGUGCUGAGUAUGUGGCAAAAUACUGUGAUACUCUGUUGAAAAAAUCGAAAACCUGCGAAGCUGAAAUCGAUCAGAAACUCACGAAUAAUAUUACUAUAUUCAAAUACAUUGAGGAUAAGGAUGUCUAUCAAAAGUUUUACAGCAGAUUGUUGGCCAAGCGACUUAUACAUGAACAAAGUCAAAGCAUGGAUGCUGAGGAGGGGAUGAUUAAUCGAUUAAAGCAAGCUUGUGGUUAUGAGUUCACAAAUAAGCUACACCGCAUGUUUACUGAUAUUUCAGUCUCUACAGAUCUGAACAACAAGUUCAACAAUCAUUUAAAGGAUAAGGAUAUAGAUCUCGGAAUUAACUUGUCUAUUAAAGUGCUUCAAGCUGGCGCUUGGCCCUUGGGCUCAACACAAGUCAUUCCAUUUGCUGUGCCACAGGAAUUUGAAAAAUCAAUUAAAAUGUUUGAAGAUUAUUAUCACAACUUAUUUAGCGGUCGUAAACUAACUUGGCUGCAUCACAUGUGUCAUGGCGAAUUAAAGCUAAGUCAUGUGAAAAAAUCGUAUAUUGUGACAAUGCAAACGUACCAAAUGGCAAUAAUAUUGCUAUUUGAGACCUGUGACGCUUUAAGUUGUCGUGAGAUACAGAACACACUGCAGCUGAAUGAUGAAACAUAUCAGAAACAUAUGCAGCCAAUGAUCGAGUCUAAACUGCUGAACGCCAGCUCAGAGAAUCUCUCAGGUGACACGCGGAUCGAGUUGAACUUUGAUUACACAAAUAAACGAACAAAAUUUAAGAUAAGUUCGUCGCUACAAAAGGAAACUCCUCAAGAGGUGGAACAUACAAUAAAUUCUGUGGACGAGGAUCGAAAACUUUUCUUACAAGCUGCCAUCGUGCGAAUUAUGAAAGCCCGCAAAGUGUUAAAGCAUAAUGCACUGAUACAGGAGGUUUUAUCAUUAUCGAAAGUUAGUUUUACACCAAACAUUGCGAUGAUAAAAAAAUGCGUGGAAUCAUUAAUUGAUAAACAAUAUAUAGAGCGUACGGCCAAUUCUGGAGACGAGUAUAGCUAUAUGGCUUAAACUGCUUUAAACGGACGACAGCUAUUCAAACUCUUUAAUAAUUGAAUUUAAAAUAGAACUAACCACAUAAUUAUAUUACUUGUAUAAAAAUCUUCUCCAAGGCAUAUUUUGUUUAUAGAAAAAAAAUUCAUGACACCAUUACAUAAACAAACUAUCAACAUCCAACAAAAAUUGAGUAUAUUUAUAAAUUAACUUAAGCUUCAAUGCGAAAGGCUUACCAGUUUUUUAAUAUACCUCUCAUAUAAUUCUGCUUGUAAGUGCAAGUUUUAAUAUAUUUCUUAUUUCAUUUUUAACCUUCGAUGCUGUUAAUUAGUUCAUUAAACCUUAGACGUUAAAGUUGUCCAAAAACGCUUAAGCUAUUAAAGAAAAUUUUUUAAU